UCACACACUCACCCUUCUCCUGCUUAACCCCACCAUGGCCGCCUCCACCAUAUCUGUCUGCUCUGAUGCUUGCACCAACUCCUCCUGGCAGGUGGACGACUGCCCAGAGAGCUGCUGUGAGCCCAGCUGCUCCAGCUGCUGCCAGCCCAGCUGCUGUGCCCCAGCCCCCUGCCUGACCCUCAUCUGCUCUCCAGUGAGCUGUGUGUCCAGCCCCUGCUGCCAAUCUGGCUGCUGCACAUCCUCAUGCUGCCAGCCAUCCUGCUGCACACCUGUCUGCUGCACACCUGUCUGCUGCAAGCCUGUCUGCUGCACGCCUGUCUGCUGCAAGCCUGUCUGUUGCACACCUGUCUGCUGCAAGCCUGUCUGCUGCACAUCUGUCUGCUGCACACCCAUCUGCUCUGGAUCCUCCUCAUGCUGUCAGCCACCCUGCUGUGCACCUUUCUGCUGUAAGCCUGUCUGCUGCAAACCCUGCUCCAGCAUGUCCCUGCUCUGCCGCCCUGUGUGCAGACCUGCCUGCUGUGCGCCCACCUCCUCCUGCUGUGCCUCCUCCUGCCAGCCCAGCUGCUGCCGCCCAGCCUCCUCCUGUGUGUCCCUGCUGUGCCGCCCUGCCUGCUCCCGCCAGGCCUGCUGUGGCCUCUCCUCAGUCCAGAAGUCCAGCUGCUGCUGAUGACCAGUCUCAUUCUUCAGAGUCCCCAGGUGUAGGUCUGAUACCUGCAGAGUCUUGAACCAAGUGGUCCUGCUUCCCACAACUGGGCUCAGCCUUGUGCCCAUGCCUUCUUACUCAGCUCCCAGUAUCUUCUGGUUUGCCUUUCCCACACUCUUUUUCCUCUGGUCAGAUAGUGGCUAUUCUCCUGUAACCAAAUGACUAGCCGUGAGUCCUGUAAGCCUUCCAAGGCCUCCCUAGGACAUCUGGUCAUCCAUGGGCACAGGCCUCAUGUGGCAUGGGGUCAAUCUCUCAGGGACCAUGACAUCGAGCUGCAUCCAGUGUUGGCCUUCCACUGGCUAUUUGGUUGUCUUCUCUCUGUGUGCCCAGCUCUUCUGAAGUAGUCAUUACCCAGCAGGCUCCAGGGAGACCCUUUGUGGCUACUAGACCCCUGCCAUAGUUAGGACCAGCAGGCCUCGGCCAAGGCCUGGCACCCUGCUCUGUACUCCUGCUCCCUGUGCAGGCCUCAGAGCUAAUUUGGCCCGAGUCUCCUUCUUUGUGACCUCCCUCAGCCACUCAGCUGCCGUCCUUGUCCUCGCUGCCCUUCACUCACUGUCUUCUACUCUUGUGAAAUAAAAUAAAACAA